AUGUCAAAACUUGCAACAAUUUCUCCAGAGACCGAACCAUUUGUGUCUCAACCAACAGAAACAACAAUAAUUCCAAUAAAAGGUUCACCUGUUGAUGUUCAUCAUUCAUCUGGUUCAGUUAUUAUAUCAAAUGAACACUUUCAAGAAUUAUUAAGUCGUAUUGGAAAUUUAACUAGAACUCAAUCUGGAAUAGCAAAUCCAGGUGCACUUGGUCUUGGUGCAUUUGCACUAACAACAUUUAUGCUUUCAGUAUUUAAUGCUGGUUCAUAUUUAAUCAGUGAUAAAUUAGAACCAGUUGUUUUACCAGUUGCAUUAUUUUAUGGUGGUUUAGCUCAAUUUUUAGCUGGUAUGUGGGAAUUUAAACUAAAUAAUACAUUUGGUGCAACAGCAUUUACAAGUUAUGGAGCAUUUUGGAUGUCAUUUGCUGGUUAUGUUCAUUUUAUACUACCACAAAUAAAAGAAGUUGGAAAUGCAAAAAAAGCAACAGGCCUUUUUCUUUUAGCUUGGUUUAUUUUCACAAUAAUAAUGAAUGUUGCUGCAUCUAGAACAUCAAAAUUUUUAUUUAUUGUAUUUUCAGCACUCAAUAUAACAUUUUUAUUAUUAAUUAUUGGAAAUCUUGCUGGUAUAACUUUAUUUAUUAAUAUAGGAGGAUGGUUUGGAAUAAUAACUGCAUUUAUAGCUUGGUAUGGGUGUGCUGCUAUUGUUAUUAAUUCAACUUUCAAAAAAUCACUUUUACCUUUGGGUGUUUCGGCAUAA